AACUCGUACCUGCAAGGGGUGGAGGACGCCAUCAGGUGUGCCUGCGCCUCCGCCCCGCCCUUCCCCGGGGGCUCCCGGCCUCCGCCCUGGCAGAGCAGAGGGCGGGCUGGACGUGGGGAGCUGAGGCUGGGGCCUCACAAGCGUCCUCGGACUUGCCCGACACCAGCACUGAGAUGAUGGACUUUGCCCUUGCACUGCUGAUGUGACCCUUGGGGUUUUCUGUCCUCUGACCGCAGGACAGAAAGAAAAUGGAAUUCCAGUUUGCAGGAGGUAAGACUAGGGUUAGACACUGGGGAGAACUUUUUGGAGCGGGUUCUGAGGUCAGCUAUGGAGAGACUGGGUUGGGGAGGGGUGUUGGGGAGUGGGGGUCCUUGGUACCUGGGGCCCAUGUGUAUCAGAAACAGCAGAGGCCAGACUCAGCGUGGGAUCUGUUUGAGAUCUGAGGGGGGCAGAAGAGGGACCCCAUGAAGGCUGGGACAGGGCUGGCCACCAGCCAGCAAGGAGCCUGGCAGGGAGGUGGGAGACAGCACCAACCUUCUGGGAUCAGCCUGAAGGAAGGCAGACUGUUCAGCCCCUUUAAUCCCCUUGCUGGCUGGCUUAGCAGCUCCUGCUGGGGCCUGAGGCACAGGCCCCUGAGCCCCCAGCUCCAGAACAGCCUGGGGGGGAGCAGUGGCCUCUGCACAUUCCCGGGGUUCAGGCUGCCCCCUCCGAGCGCCCCACCUCCCCUCCUCUCUCCCGUCCCAGCUCAGCCCCCUGCAGCAGGGGAAUGUUUAACUCUCCUCGACCUCAUUAGCAAUCCCCUCACGUUCAGUUCGGCUCGCCAGGCGUGGGUACAGGGGAAUGUCACAACCCCGCUCCCGCCAGCCCCCCGGCGCCCCCUCCAACCCCAGCAGCCCACGCGCCCUUUGCCGGACUGCACUGGGGGAAGGCAGGGUCCCGCCGCAGACCCUGGCCUCCUUGCACCCCCGACCCAGACCCCCUCCGCAGGGACAGCCCCGCCCGCUCCCUCCCUCGCAUUCUUCACGUGGCUAUGCAAACGAGAGGGUGCCCAGCGCUGCAGACAAUGCUGCCCUGUGCGCCCGCCCGCGCGUGGGCCCUGGUAUGGCCCGCGGCCCCGCGGCGGCCAGCGGGGGGAGGGGCCUGCCCUCGAGGGGGCGGCGGGCUCUGCUGGGCGGGCCUGCGGUUCCCGACACUGCGCCCCUUCCCUUCCCACCCUCCUCACCCCGGCCCUCCGUGCUGGGAAGGCCGAGCCACGUGGAUCUGUGCACACGCAGACCUGCUUCCUGGGGCGGCCUGCGCGUCCCCCAAAGCUAGCGGGGCCUGGAUCCGUGGUACAGAAGCCAGUCCCGAAUUCCGAUUCCUCUACCACGGACGGUGAGAGACUGUGCGAUGGCGAUGAGCAGAGCACACAGCCGGAGCCCAGAGUGGAGACUCUCCGGGGCCGCAGGGAGCUCCAUUUCUACGCGUUUAACCGUCUAAUCCUCAAGGCAGCCCCCUCACGAUGGGCGUCCCUCCACGGAUAAGGAGCCGAGGCUGAGAGAGGCGACCUACCCCACGCUAGGAAGCCAGGGGCUGGGGGGCUUUCCUAUCAGAUCUGUCCCCCCCACACCCCGCCUUUCUCAGGAGCGCUGGGAGGGGCGAGGCUGAGCUGGCGGUGGAGCCUCGUCCCACCUCUAAAGGGCACGUCGGCUUCGCGGAGUCACAAGGGAGCUGCCCAAUGUCUGAGAGUGUGUGAGGCGCGCGCAUGGGGCCGGCGCGCAGCACAGUGAUUCCCGGAGGCCGGGUGUCCCUGUCCCAGCCUUCCGCAGGGCUCUCUCUGUAAGGAGGAUACAGGGGUCAUUCCGGUCCUGAGGAGCACCUGAGUCAGGCCUCUGAGCCUCGGGAUCUUCAAGGCCACACAGAAAGAGAGUGUCAGAGCCACACAGCCCUGGAGACCGGAGACUGCAAGCCCCUCCGCUGACAAAUGAGGAGCUGGGAGCCAAAGAGGGGAAGCUAGCCUCUUAGGGUCACACAGCUGCCCCCAGGGCCUGCUCACUCCUCCACCCUGGGCGCCCCCAGAGCCCUCCCCCACACCGAGGACCUGAGCCACUUUAUGAUCCAGAAUGAGGCUCACAUCUCCCUCGAAGUGCUUCUUUUAAAAAAAAAAAAAUUUUUUUUAUUGGAGUGUAGUUGAUUUACAAUGUUAGUUUCAGGUGUACAGCAAAGUGAAUCUGUGAUACAGAAGCGCUUCUGUUUAUCCCUUGUGUUAUUUGAGGUCUUGAGUCCAUUCUACCAAAACAGCCCCUCCUACCCUGAUGGCCUUCCCUCACCCAUGUUCCAAAGCCCUUUGGAAUUCAGAUCCCGCACCUGGAGUAGAGUUCCCUAACCCUGUGUAGCUUCUCCAUCAGGACUCCUACCACCCCAGUGCCCCCCUGCAGUCCAGCGACUCCCAGGCA